AUGGUUGUUUCGAACCUCCAUUGUGAAGGGCAUGCUGAUGUAGCCGACCUCGGCAACUCAAUUGAUGCCACCGCCUCUUGUUCUCCGACUCCCAACAUGUCUUCGUCCCCCGCACCGCAAAGCCCUCCAGAGCGCGUCUCCCAGCGUGCACUAGCAGACGAUCCAAACAACGGACGAUGCUUGAUCCAGAACAAUGUCGACAAUUGCCCAGACCCAGUCCUCCCUUGCUACGUCGUUCCGAAAGAAACGGAGAAGGAUCAUAGACAAAUGACCGCUAUCGAGUAUAAUCUCAAAUACCAGCAUCUUACUCUCAAUCUCGAUACGAGGAGGAACGUAUUUUUCGUCAGCGCUGAACUCCGAGAACUGUUCAUUGCGGGAAAAUGGGGUCUACUUCCAGAGAAAUCCAUUCUUGACCGAUAUCACGACGAUUACGGCAUUGCGCUCCCAAGACGCGGGUUUCCAAAGUUCGAGGAGAAAGUAUUCAAGUACACCAUCAUUCCUUUGACCCCUGUAGACGAGCAAUUUCCAAUCCCGUCGAUACUUCGCUAUCCAAACCCGAGCUCUUCCAGUUCCGAGUCCACGCCCACCGCCUACACCUUCCCGUUUACAGAUUUCCCCAUUGUCACCUCCCACAUCCACCCAAACUUUGCCGUUCUUCAUCUCGGACGCCACAUCACUAAGCUGCACUUUCGCCGAACCAAGAAUGCUCUAGCACAGAAGUAUCCCGUCAUACAACAACUCUUUCUCCUGUACACUCUCUGGGUCUUGUAUCCAGAAGAAGUGUCCAGGGACCGAGGAUUUCGUUUCCGCUCCCCGCGGUCUCUACGAAAACAACAGGAGCAACAAAGCAGAGACGAGGGUAAUGAGCGGCGACAAAACGAUGCCCGGGAGCCUGAGGGACAAUUGAGCGACGCGGAGACCGAGCCGUAUCGUGUUUAUCAUCUCCCACCCCCGAAGCGAGCGAGUGCGAAGGUGUCGCCGUCGGAGGCAGGUCGUCGCGGAAGUGGCAACUCGAUUUGGACCAAGGGAGAGGUAUGCAAUUGGAGACGCGACGUUCCCCAAGGCGUGGAGCCGGAAGUCGGUCGAUGUAACCCUGAAAAGGUCGCCGAAGACCCUGAGUAG